UUCUGCACUACUACUAGCACAACUUUCAAUUUCUCUAUCGCUUGGUUUCGUUUUUAGGGCAAAUUAAAAAUUUUAAAACCCCCCCAAAAAUUGGCUUCUUUUUGACUCUCAAACCCAAACCCGAACCCACACAAAAGAUCUAAUUUAGCAAUUUUAUAUAUUAUUUACCCAAUCGCUCAUCUUAUUUCAGGGCAAGAUACUGUGGAAAGAGUUUUUUUACCAGUCUAUACCUUUGAUUGAAGACGAAAUACAGCUGCUUCUAAGCGAGGAAUGAUCUUUCCUUAACCUUUUGACGUUUAUGCAAUGUCGGGGUUACUUAAUUCUUCUCUAAACAGUUCUGCAUCAAAUCUUCCAGACAGUACUGGACGUUCUUUUGCUUCAUCUUUCUCUGGCCAGUCUGGUGCAGCAUCACCUGUUUUUCAUCAUACUGGAACCCUUCAAGGGCUGCAUAAUAUCCAUGGGAGCUUUAAUGUCCCCAACAUGCCAGGUACUUUAACAUCAAGAAACUCUUCACUCAAUAAUGUUCCUUCUGGUGGUGUUCAACAACCUACUGGGAGCCUCUCUAGCGGGCGGUUUGCAUCCAAUAAUAUGCCUGUUGCUCUUUCUCAGUUAUCGCACGGAAGCUCUCAUGGCCAUUCAGGAGUUGGGAACAGAGGAGGUAUAAGUGUUGUAGGAAAUCCUGGAUUUAGUAAUAAUACAAAUGGAGUUGGUGCUUCUAUUCCUGGAAUUCUUCCAACCUCUGCUGGAAUUGGUAACCGGAAUGUUGUUCCAGGAUUGGGAGUAUCCCCGAUUUUGGGAAAUGCAGGUCCUCGUAUCACAAGUUCAAUGGGUAACAUGGUUGGUGGGGGAAACAUAGGAAGGAGCAUAAGCUCGGGAGCAGGAUUGUCUGUUCCUGCUCUGGCAUCUCGACUAAAUCUAACUGCAAAUAGUGGAUCUGGAAGUUUAAGUAUGCAGGGACAAAAUCGAUUAAUGACGGGUGUUCUACCACAAGGAUCUCCACAGGUAAUUUCGAUGCUGGGAAAUUCUUAUUCUAGUGCCGGUGGCCCACUUUCGCAAAACCAUGUGCAAGCAGUGAACAAUCUCAGCUCCAUGGGGAUGUUGAACGAUAUGAAUGUUAAUGAUAAUUCCCCCUUUGACAUAAAUGAAUUCCCAGCGUUGAACAGUCGUCCUAAUUCUGCUGGAGGGCCUCAAGGACAAUUGGGUUCGUUGCGGAAACAAGGUCUUGGUCCUAUUGUUCAACAAAAUCAAGAAUUUAGCAUCCAGAAUGAAGAUUUUCCAGCAUUGCCAGGAUUUAAAGGUGGUAAUGCUGAUUAUACAAUGGAUAUACAUCAGAAAGAUCAACUGCAUGAUAGCACCAUGUCAAUGAUGCAAUCUCAGCACUUCCCUAUGAAUAGGUCCGCUGGAUUCAAUUUGGGGGGCAAUUUUCCAUCUUAUCGUCCGCAGCAGCAGCAACAACAUGCUCCUGCUGUUAGUAGUAGCGGCAUCUCGUUCUCAUCUGCAAACAAUCAAGAUCUUCUUCAUGGUUCAGACAUUUUUCCGUCUUCACAUUCAUCCUAUCACUCACAGACAAAUGGACCCCCAGGGAUUGGAUUGAGACCUCUAAACUCGCCAAAUACAGUUUCAGGUAUUGGAUCAUAUGACCAGUUCCUCCAGCAGUAUCAACAACACCAGAACCAGUCCCAGUUCCGACUACAGCAAAUGUCCGCAGUUAAUCAGCCAUAUAGGGAUCAAGGCGUGAAAUCUAUGCAGGCAGCACAAUCUGCUCCUGACCCAUUUGGGUUACUUGGGUUGUUAAGUGUUAUAAGGAUGAGCGACCCUGAUCUUACCUCCCUGGCUCUUGGAAUUGAUUUGACAACUCUUGGAUUAAAUUUGAAUUCAACGGAAAAUCUUCAUAAGACGUUUGGCUCUCCAUGGUCUGAUGAGCCUGCUAAGGGCGAUCCUGAAUUUAACGUGCCACAAUGCUAUUAUGCUAAACAACCUCCUCCUCUACAUCAAGGCUACUUUUCAAAGUUCACAGUGGAAACUUUAUUUUAUAUAUUUUACAGCAUGCCUAAGGAUGAGGCCCAGUUACAUGCUGCUAAUGAACUUUAUAACCGAGGUUGGUUUUAUCACAAAGAGCACCGGUUAUGGUUCAUAAGAGUUGCUAAUGUAGAGCCACUUGUUAAGUCAAAUACGUAUGAGAGAGGAUCUUUCCACUGUUUCGAUCCAAACACAUUUGAAAUAAUCCGGAAGGAUAAUUUUGUUGUUCAUUACGAGGCAUUGGAAAAAAGACCGGUUCUACCUCAACAUUAACAACAAUUUCCAUUUACAAUGUAAAGUUUCAGUUAUGUACACUCAUUCGUUAGAAUGUCGGUCAGUUUGCAGCAUUAAUGGUACUCGACUUUAUAAUUUUUAGCAAUUGUCUUGUCAA